AAUCAAGGUGAGACGGCCAGCGAUAAAAACGUGGUUCCACAUGGCAACGGCAACACCAUAGACUGGCAAGUGUAAGUGCAAGUGUGCUGUCUCUGCCAUGGCCAAAGUCCAGGUCGGCUUCGGCGCACGUAUCCCGAAGUGCUGCGUGACUCCCACCAUCGCCGCUUACCCGGCAGCCCAGAGAACCAGGAGGAGUGCUUAUACUUGUGCGAGUACACACUACAGAUGCAGAUGCAACAUCCCCCGCGCGCAUAUUCCUCGAGGCCAUAUUAGGAGUAUCGCUACUAUUACUACAAACUUGAACAGAAGUGCCAGUGCUAUGCAGCAAACAGACGCCGGGUGGAGUAGAGAGGCCCUGGACGAAGCCAUUGGCAGCGGGUCUCUCGACCGUGUUCUUCAUUGGAUCGGUACAACACCGAGCAAUAGCGCAGCAGCAGAACUCGCUGCAGAAGCUCGCGAUAUCCUCAUUGCGCGCGCUCAAGACCCAUUAGUCAUCCAAGGCAUCAGCUCAGUCCUGUCCAAGCCCGUCAAAUCCAGCGAUGACUUUUACACUGCCUGUGCCGGUCUCGACAGCAUCCUCAGCGACCUUCCCCUCGCAACACUGCGACUUUACAAGUCCGGCAUAGAGGCUCUGGCUGCCAAUACCGCAUACAGUCCUUCAGGGGUUUCGCUGCCGUCCUUGACAAGCCGGGCAAGAGAUGCAAUCAAGUUCAUCGACUUCCCCGAGCUGACAUGGGCCCCAGAGCACAAGAUGGACUACAUGGCAGAGCGAAGUCUUUCGGAGAGAGUCCACACAGCGCAGCAGAUGGAGCCCCAUGCCAGGGACCUGCUCGGCUGGCUUGCCGACUACAACUGGCCGCCUUACUCGGGCUGUGUGAAGCAGCUUGCUCGCUUUCCCGAAGUGGCAGUUGACCCGAUCAAGGAGAUUAUCGAAGACUACCGAGAUGAUGCAGAGUGGUUGCUGCAUCUUCUGGAUUUUGUAAAAGAGAGUGUGCCUGUUGGGGUGCUGUGGAAAAAGCUGGAGCCUGAGCUAUCGUCACUGUCCAGCAUCGAGGCAGAUGACGAAGAGAAUAGUGAUCUUGCUGAAACCGCCAAAAGUAUGUUUGGACAGCUAAAUGAAUGGAAAAGGGAACAAAGUGGUAACAAAUAACGCCUCGAUCCAAUACGACCAAGAGACGUUAAAGAAGGUCUUUGCUCCAGAUAAUCUGCUGCUGUUUCAUAGACAUUCGCAACUCCAUCUUACCUAUGCGUAUAUGCUUUCUGCCUCUUGCCAGCCAUUAGAGAUAAAGUGUAGUAACAAUAACUUACACUAUGAUUUCG